AUGUGGAAAGUCGCACACAGCAUGACGAGCCGUCACCAUGUUCCCCUGGCUGGAAAUCAACGGCGACGACAGUGGCUGCGACGCUGCGACGCUGCGACUCGUGUGACUCGCAACUCCAUGCUGGGUACGACAUACAUUAAACAGGACACCAAAAGAAGCGCCGGAGGAGCAGCAGGCGUACAUCGUAGUCAAAAGUGUGCGAGAAGGAACAGGGACCCGGAUGAAGGCAUGAGUAAGGGAGACGAUUCCACCUCGGGCAAAGCAAAGGUCAGGGGCGGAAGACCCAACCCAGCCUUGUGGACGUCCUCAGGGCGGAGGUAA